AUGGAUGAGCAAAUUCGAUCAACCAACGCUUCUUCCAACACAAGCGAACUUGAACAAAGUUCCCACGUGACCAAAAACAUUCCAAAGAUCAAACUUCCCUUUCCACCAGUGAUCAACCCGCAGGAUCUCAUUUCUCUUCGAGAAUCCCCUGAUGGAACGCGAAAACUCCCUUCACGUGCACCCAACGCCUUUAUCAUCUUCCGAAAACAGUUUGUCAAGGCUGCACGCGAUGAAGGUUACUUCCUACCAAUGACAGUGAUCUCAUCGAUGGCCUCAGAAGCUUGGGAGGCGGAGACGGAAGAGGUGAAAUCGGAAUAUCGACGAAUUGCGAAAGAAGCACACAUCAAACGCAAAGCCAUGUAUCCAAAAUCAAGCACUCGACGAAGAAGAAAAGAUAGAUGGAACAUAGUUUCAUUUCAACCAACCGAUUCUUCGGAUUCUAUCUCUGCCAUAACUUCUAGAAUUCCCAACGAUCAACCAUUGUCGCAAUACAGUAAUAACGGCAACGGAGAAAAUCCUUCGAAUAGUCCUAGUUUAAAUUUUGAAAAUACGUCUGUUUCUUCACCCGAAUUUUCCUCAGAAGAUGGAGAUUAUAGCCCAAUUAUUCAAUCCUUAAACACCUUUUUUCCCGGUGGCCUUGAUUACCUGAUUACUGAUAAUUCAACCUACAAUACACUGGGAACAGCACCCUCACCAUACGAUUAUUGUUUUGAGGUUGGUAGUAACACAUUGGAAGAUCAAACAUUCGGAUUCUACCCCAGUCCGAAUAAUUAUACUAGUGAUGACGAUAGCAUUUAUGGUAGAAGUCCGUAUUUGGAUGCAGAACAACUUUACAAUGAUUAUAUAAAUCAUUCCAUUAUCACCAAUGCCAAUGAUGACAAUCAAUCGAUAAUGACUCCAGAAUCAAUAAGAGAAUUUAAUACGAUCAUUGAGAGCAACAUACAACAAAAUGAUUGUUACGAUGAUUGGCAGGGAUUUUAUCAAUUACAGAAUUCAGAUGUCGGAACAAAUGAUCCGACAAAUAAAUCUCGCGAAGAAAAAUCAGCGAACGAAGACACCAUGUGGAUUUCAGAGCAAUUAGACAUGUUAAUAGAAGGAAAUCGUGGAGAUAAUAUGAUCUCCACAGAUGGUUGGUUUAAUAUCUCUACAAGUUUAGCGAAUGGUUGCUUUGGUGAGGCGUUGGGGAUUGUUGUUUAA